CAAUUAUUAUGUAAUGAAUGUGUCUAGGCUAUGGACAAGAUCCGAUUUGAAAGUUUGACUGACAAGAGCAAACUAGAUGCUCAACCUGAGCUCUUCAUCCACAUUGUCCCUGAAAAAACUAACAAUACACUGUCCAUUAUUGACAGUGGUGUUGGUAUGACAAAGGCUGACCUGGUGAACAAUCUUGGUACAAUUGCAAGGUCUGGGACCAAAGAAUUCAUUGAAGCCCUUACGGCUGGUGCUGAUGUUAGCAUGAUUGGACAGUUUGGAGUUGGGUUCUACCAAGCAGGGUUGCAAGAAUCGCGCCUACGCGCUAGGCGCUAG